AUGCAUGUACUUGCCCUCGUUACGGGCCUUGCUGGCAUUGCCCAUGCUGCCUGUCCUUAUAUGACUGGCGAGGCCGGCAAUAACCCUCACAUCGAACGUCGAGCUGACGGAGAUGCUGCUGCCAACACCGAAGAAUUUCUCUCACAAUUCUACCUCAAGGACCAAGAUGUCUAUCUGACCUCUGAUGUUGGCGGCCCGAUCGAGGACCAAAACAGUCUCAGCGCAGGAGAGCGUGGAGCGACCCUGCUCGAGGAUUUCAUUUUCCGCCAGAAGAUUCAACGCUUCGAUCACGAACGAGUACCGGAACGCGCUGUUCAUGCUCGAGGCGCAGGCGCCCACGGAACAUUCACCUCCUAUGGCGACUGGUCCAACAUAACUGGCGCGUCUUUCCUUUCCGCCAAAGGCAAACAAACCCCAAUGUUCACCCGCUUCUCUACCGUUGCUGGUAGUCGCGGAAGCGCUGAUACUGCGCGAGACGUCCACGGCUUUGCGACUCGUUUCUUUACUGAUGAAGGAAACUUUGAUAUUGUUGGAAACAAUGUCCCCGUUUUCUUCAUCCAGGAUGCCAUCCUUUUCCCGGAUCUCAUUCAUGCCGUCAAGCCCCGCGGCGACAACGAGAUCCCCCAGGCUGCUACCGCGCACGACUCUGCUUGGGACUUCUUCAGUCAGCAACCUAGCACGCUCCACACCCUUCUUUGGGCAAUGGCUGGCCACGGUAUUCCUCGGUCGUUCCGUCAUGUUGAUGGAUUCGGUGUGCACACCUACCGUCUGGUUACUGACGAUGGAAACACCAAGCUUGUCAAGUUCCACUGGAAGGGACUGCAGGGCAAGGCUAGCUUUGUGUGGGAGGAGGCUCAGCAGACCGCUGGUAAAAACGCGGACUUUAUGCGUCAGGAUCUUUUCGAAUCUAUUGAAGCUGGACGUUUCCCCGAAUGGGAGCUCGGUGUUCAAAUCAUGGAGGAAGAGGAUCAGCUUCGAUUUGGAUUCGAUCUUUUCGAUCCUACCAAGAUCGUCCCGGAAGAACUCGUUCCUGUCACUAAGCUGGGCAAGAUGCAACUGAACCGAAACCCUUUGAACUACUUCGCCGAAACCGAGCAAGUCAUGUUCCAACCGGGCCACAUUGUCCGCGGUAUCGACUUUACUGAAGACCCCCUCCUCCAGGGCCGUCUCUUCUCCUACCUAGACACCCAACUCAACCGCCACGGCGGUCCCAACUUCGAGCAGCUCCCCAUCAACCGUCCCCGCGCACCAAUCCACAACAACAACCGCGACGGAGCAGGCCAAAUGUUCAUCCCCCUAAACCCGAACGCCUACUCCCCCAACACAGAGAACAAGGGUUCCCCAAAACAAGCCAACCAAACCGUGGGCAAGGGCUUCUUCACCGCACCUGAUCGCUCAGCAAGCGGCAAGCUCCAACGCACCGUCAGCUCAACCUUCGAAGACGUCUGGUCUCAACCCCGCCUAUUCUGGAACUCGCUCGUACCAGCCGAGAGGCAAUUCAUCGUCGACGCGAUGCGAUUCGAGACCUCGAACGUGAAGAGCAACGUCGUUCGCAACAACGUAAUCAUCCAAUUGAACCGCAUCAGCAACGAUCUCGCCACUCGCGUCGCAAAGGCCAUUGGAAUUGACGCGCCGAAGCCAGAUAACACAUACUACCACGACAACACGACCGCGAACAUCGGCGCCUUCGGACAGAAACUCGCCAAGCUGGACGGGCUGAAGGUUGGUCUCCUUGCGUCUGUGGAUAAGCCAGCUUCUAUUGCGCAGGGCGCGAAGUUGCAGUCUGCUUUGUCUUCUGCGGGUGUUGAUGUCGUUGUUGUUGCGGAGAGGUUGGUGGAUGGUGUUGAUCAGACGUACUCUGCGUCUGACGCGGUUCAGUUCGAUGCUCUUGUUGUUGCCGAUGGGGCGGAGGGUCUGUUUGGCUCCAAGUCUUUCACUACCCUGCCUAAUAAGGCUUCUGGUGCGUCGACUUUGUAUCCCGCCGGUCGGCCUUUGGAUAUUUUGCUCGAUGCUUUCCGAUUCGGUAAGACUGUUGGUGCGCUGGGUAAGGGCUCCGCUGCUCUGCAGUCUGGGCUCAUUUCCUCGGACCGUGAGGGUGUGUAUACUGGUAGCACCGCUGGGGAUGCAUUUGCCAAGGAUCUUAAGGAGGGACUUCGGACCUUCAAGUUCUUGGAUCGGUUUGCGCUUGAUUAG